AUGUUGACCCAGAUCGCCCUCCUCCUGGCCGCCUCCCAGGCCGCCACGGCGCAUUUCGGCCUGACGCAGCCUCAAUGGCGCGCCAACUCUCUCGCGGCCGAGAACGCGGCCAAGUACAGCCAGUGGACGUAUCCAUGCGCCGGCGUCCCGUACGGCGCGGGCAACACCACCGACUGGCCGCUUGACGGCGGCGCGCUCGAGCUGGAGCUGCACCACGCGUGGACGUACGUCUUCGUCAACCUCGGGCUCGGCGGCAACACGACCAACUUCAACGUGACGCUGACGCCGGACCUGUGGAACUCGACCGGCAAGGGCACCCUCUGCGUCGACCACCUCGUCGUGCCCGCCGGCAUCGCCGACGGCACCCACGCCACCGUCCAGGUCGUCACCUCGGGCGCCAGCGGCUCCGCCCUCUACAACUGCGCCGACAUCCGCUUCUCCAAGGACGCCAAGCGCCCCGACAACGGCACCUGCACGAGCAAGGGCGUCACCCUGACCGAGGUCAAGCCCCAGAGCGCCAACGCGACGACGAGCGCCGGCGCCACGCCCUCCGCGACCGCCACCGGCAAGUCGGCCGCGCGCCCGGCCGCGGCGGUCCACGGCGGCGUGCUGGCGACUGUGGUGGGUGCGGCCGCGCUCUUUGCGCUGGGCUCGAGCCUGUAA